AUGAUAAUUCGCGAAACUGAUUUAUAUGUAUAUAAUUUUAAUUCGAAUAGACCUUUUAAUUCGCUCUUUUAUAUUUUUACAUGGUCGAUAAAUCAGUAAAAGAUCAUUCCUAUUUUAUCAAGAGCUAUCGGUAAUUUUUAGAGUUAUUCAUUAGACUGUUGGUAGGGUAGAAAUUUCAUACGAAACUUCUAUCGAUAAGAUGGUAAAUAAUUAAAAAUGAAUUGUUACAUUGCAAUGUAAUAAAUUGAAUGAUAAUAAUAAAUUGUUAUUUUCUUCUUUUAUAAGAUAUAUGAUAUUAAUCAAUAACAGUGUUUUUGUGUAUAAAAUGUAUGAGCACAUCAAAGAUAUUGAAUAUCCUGUAAUAUGACACAUAAUCAAUAUCAAAAAUAAUAUACAUUUAAAGGAAGUAAUAGAAGCACGUGGCGAAAGGUUUGAUCGAUCUUAUGAAAAUUGAUUUAUUUAAGUACUUUUGAAAAUAACAAGUACUUAUUCACUGUCCAUAAAAAUUCCAUUGUGCGAUUGCUGUUAUUUUGAAAAGUUUAUGUUUGCGAUGCAAAGGAACAACAAUCACGUGUAAACGAUGUGCAAUUUAAUUGGAUUAAAAUGCUUUUAGAAAACUACUUGGCGAACAUAUACAUAAAUACAUACAUAGAUAUUAUGUUAGUCGAUUGAUACGCGCGCGCACUUUCACGAAGGGAUAUCGAAAUUGUCGAGCGGUUCAAACACUUGAAAUCCGUGCAGCGGGAUAGUUCAACCUCCAUUCUUUAUCUUCACAAAUAUUAAUUAAAAUCAUGGAUAGUUCAUCAAGAAAAGAACGAAAAAUAGAUUACAUAGAUAUUCCAAAAAUUUAUCAAAUAGACGUAAUGGUGGAAGAAAUGUUGGAACGAUAUUUGACUGAACAAAAGGACAUUUGCGAGCGACUCUUCAAAAAUGGUAGUCAAAGUGAGGACGAAACAGGAAUGAAAAUCGAUAAAGAAAUUUUGCAAUGUCCUCCGACCUUCGAUGGAUUACUAUGUUGGCCACGUACACUUGCUUCUCGAACAGCUAUCCUUCCUUGUCCACCGGGAUUAAUUUUAGGAACGUCUUACGAUGUACUUUUUUCUUCUUCAGCACACUCUUUAAAAGAAUCUACGGAUAUGUUGAACAACGAAUCGAAUAUUUUGAAGGAAUGGAUUACUUCGUCCUUUAAUACGUCUGCGAUAGCGAGCAAAUUAUGUCUUGCUAAUGGUCAAUGGUAUAUAAAUGAUCAAAGUGUCGCUUGGAGUAAUUAUACUCUUUGUAUACGCUCGAAUAAUGUAGGUACAGGAUAUUUUUGGAAAUAUGUGAAAUUGGAAAAUACUUCGUUAGUGGGCAAAUGGUUACCGAUAAUUAAAACGGUGUCUCAAAUCGGAUAUGCCUCGUCUUUCGCAACACUGCUCGUUGCUAUGACCGUUUUUACUGUACUCAGAAAACUUAGAAAUCCGAGAAACAGACUUCAUAUGCAUUUAUUCAUGUCGUUCAUGAUGAGAGCGUUUAUGGCUCUUCUCAAGGAAUGGGUCUUUGUCGAUGGUAUAGGUUUGGCAUGGGAUAUAGUUUUAGCUAAUGGUGAUGGUGUUUUAAUAAGAGAACGAAACACGUGGGCAUGUAAAAUUAUUACAAGUAUGUGGCAGUACUUUAUCGUAGCCAAUUAUGCUUGGAUACUCAUGGAAGGACUUUAUCUUCAUAAUUUAAUAUUCUUGGCACUUUGUACCGAUACUACUGCGAUUACUUCUUACAUACUUUUAGGAUGGGGAUUACCGGGCUUGAUAGUUAUACCAUGGGUAAUAAUUCGUGCAACUAUUGAGGAUACUCUUUGUUGGACCACUCAUCAUAAUCCUUCCUUCUUUCUUAUCGUAAGAAUACCAAUAGUGAUAUCCAUUUUGUUCAAUUUUGGACUAUUCGUUAAUAUCGUUCGAGUGCUUCUCAUAAAAUUGAAGACGUCUGUACAUUUGCAACAUAAAAAAAUGCAGUAUAGAAGAUGGGCAAAAUCGACUCUGAUUUUGGUACCAUUAUUUGGUGCUCAUUAUACCCUUUUUUUGGGACUUUCUUAUCAAAAGGAUAAUUAUAUUGAAUUAGUAUGGUUAUUUUGCGAUCAACUAUUCGCAUCUUUUCAGGGAGCGUUCGUAGCUCUGCUUUAUUGUUUACUAAACGGUGAGGUAAGGGCAGAAGCUAGACGAGCAUGGAAGGCUCGGCGUUCGAAAAAGGAUUCUCUUACACCAAUUCAUCGUGAUUUUUUCAAAAUCUCGCAGAAUCAAACGCGAUGCGUUUUUCGUCGGCACGAUUGCGAUGAUUUGAAUUUUUCAGAAAGUACAACAAAACAUUUAUCCACCGUUUGAAAGUAAUAUACGUAACAAGGUUUAUUUACAUAUCUAAAUCUAGUUAUUAUGCUAGAUAUAUAGUAGAGAAAUUACACGUAUAUAAAAAUAUCACGAUUUUUAGUAUAUAAAAAUUCAUCUAAAAACGUGAUAUAAACGUAACGUGAUAUACAUGUAACGUUGUAGAAUGAUUAUUAUUCUUAUUCUUAUUAUUUUUAUUGUUUAAAGAUAUCGAUUAAUUAGAUCGAUUUUGUAGAAAAGUUAGCUUGACUUUGUAAAAUUGUAUACUUAUAAUUUCUGUACCUAUAUAUAUAUAUUUACAGUUCAGCGUAUAUUUCACGUUUCUGUUUAUUUGCGAUAUUUCUCUUCGAUGAAGAAAAGAAAGAAAAAUAAAAAAAAAUGAUUAUUAUUAGAAAAGUGAUUAGAAUGGAUGAAAAUUAUUUGUAGCAUGAUUUGUAGAUAUACAAAAGCAUAAAGUGGAAUAAAGAAAAAGGGGUUAUUUGUAGCCGGGAAGUAACGAGGUGUGAACUAUCUCAUGACACGAAAAGAAUUUGAAAAGGUGAUGAUGACUUCAGCACGUGCCGUGUAAGCGUCCUCAAUUUUUGUUAUAGGAAAAGGGUGCGUUAGGAUGUGCACGUGUUUGUUUGACUCGACACGUGCCUUGACCAACCUCAGUAAUUUUUAAUUUUUUUUAUGGGCAAACCACAAUAUACAAAUAUGCAUAUCGUCUAAUAACAUACUUUUGUGUCGUUUAAAGUUUGUUUAAUUCUUUUCUUUUCUUUUUUUUUUAUACAAUUUUUAUCAGAUAUUAAAUAGAACAAGAUGAGAAAAAAAGUCUAAUAGCUAAUUAAUGGAAUAUAUUGAUUAGUACUUGUAUUAAAUUUUUAUUAUUAUUCAAACAAGUUUUGAAAUUAUUAUUAGAGAAGGUACAUAUAUCAAAUAAAAAAAACGAGCCAGAGAAUGGUAGAGGGAGAACGUAUCUACGCAACGAGUAUGGAUUUCUCCGAAGGAUCAGGUGGCCAACGUGGCACAUCUGCGUCCAUAGUAAUAAUACUGAGAAUCUUCUUGUAAAACGACAGCUCCUUGAAAGCUCGAUAAAAGAAAUGCUGCUAUUGUCGUUUAACAGUUAUUUUAGUAAAAUGAUCACAAUCAAAAAUAAUACUUCCAAUGUUAUUGCAUAAUAUCUUCAAUUAAAACUGUCGACGUCAGAAAAUUUGUCGAUGUUAUUUAGAUCAUUUAAAUAAAUUUAAAUUGAUAUUGUUGUAAAGAAAAUUUGAACAAAAAUUAAUGCGAUUGAAAUUUGUAUGCGUGUGUUUCGCGCGAAUCUUUUUUCAAUACAAGCAAAUAAUUUUCUAUUUGACAAGAAAAUUGAGUAUCAUCAUUGCAACUUUAAAAGUAGAAUGGCGUAUGGAACGAAAGAAGGCGUGUACUCUCACUAGAUUCUCGGAUUCCCAUUGGAAACCAAGGGAUGCUGCGUUUUCCCGACGAAUAGGAGAGAGUUCGAAGAUGGAAAGAGGGAGAACAGGGAGAGGCGUGGUUCGAUAAGGAAAAGGGGGAGUUAGGGGUUGAAGAGAGAGAGAUAUAUAUAUAGUGAGAGAGAGAGAGAGAGAGAGAGAGAGAGAG